AUGUUAAAGGAUAAAGGGCAAGUCACCUUCGAAGAUAAAUGGCCCUCUAUGAGACCUAUAGUUUUGAAGCUUUUGAAACAAGAGCCGGUAACUCAAAUCGAAUGGCAAGAUCUUUUUGGGGCAGUACAUUCUGUAUGCCUAUGGGAUGAAAGAGGUCCUUACAAAUUACGAGAUGCUCUACAACAAGAUAUAAUGAUGUAUAUUAAGCAAGCUCAGGCUCGAGUGCUUGCACAACGUGAAGAUCAAGCUCUUCUUAAAGCAUAUAUAGCGGAAUGGGGAAAAUUCUUCACUCAGUGUAAUUAUCUACCUACACCAUUUCGCCAACUAGAAAAUUCUAUUAAUAAUAUAAGUAAAGUAACAAGUUCAAAUACAUCUAAUGCACAGAAAAAGAACAAUAAUAAUAACAUUGAGGAUAGUUUGGUGCGCAAAUUGAUGUUAGAUUCAUGGAAUCAAAGCAUUUUUGUAGAUAUUAAACAAAGGUUACAAGACUCUGCUAUGAAGCUUGUGCAGGCAGAGCGUAAUGGAGAAUCCUUUGACUCACAACUUGUAAUUGGUGUAAGAGAAUCGUAUGUUAAUUUAUGCUCAAAUUCAAUUGAUAAACUCCAAAUAUAUAGAGAAAACUUUGAAGCAGCUUAUAUGCAAGCUACUGAAGAGUUUUAUAAAUAUAAGGCUAAUGAGCAUUUGUUAGCAAAUGGAGUACAAUCCUACAUGAAGUAUGCUGACCAACGACUAAAAGAGGAGGAGGCUCGUGCUCACAGAUAUCUGGAACCAGGAAGUGGGAGUGUAGCUGCUUUAACUCAGUGUUGUGAAAAAGUUAUUAUUGGUGAACAUCUGCCUACAUUGCUGGCUGAGAGUGCACCUUUAAUUAAAUCCGGGGAGACAGAAAAACUACAGCUUAUGUUCCGUUUGCUGGAUAGAGUGCCAGAAGGAGUAACACCCAUAUUGAGGGAUUUAGAAGCUCAUAUAGUGUCAGCAGGCUUGGCAGACAUGGUUGCCUCUGCAGAUAUUAUCACAACUGAUUCGGAAAAGUAUGUGGAGCGUUUGCUAGAUUUGUUUAAAAGAUUCAGUACCUUGGUGAAAGAUGCAUUUUUGGAUGAUCCUAGAUUUCUUACUGCCAGAGACAAGGCAUAUAAGUGUGUUGUUAAUGAUACUACAGUUUUCAAAUUAGAGUUACCAUCCUCUGCUCUCAUUCGUGGCAGUAAGGGUACUGCACCUGAAAGUAAGUGUCCUGAACUUCUCGCAAAUUACUGUGAUAUGUUGUUACGAAAAACACCCUUAAGUAAACGGUUAACUAGUGAACAAAUAGAGUCACGGCUUAAAGAUGUUCUUUUGGUGUUGAAAUAUAUUGAAAAUAAAGAUGUAUUUAUGAGAUAUCAUAAAGCACAUUUGACAAGAAGGUUAAUAUUGGACUCAAGUGCUGAUUCAGAAAAGGAAGAAGACAUGGUUGAGUGGUUACGUGAAGUGGGUAUGCCAGCUGAUUAUGUAAAUAAACUAGCUCGUAUGUUUCAAGAUAUUAAAGUUAGUGAAGAUCUCAAUAUUCAAUUUAGAGGUGAGACAACACGCCAUGAUGCUAUAAACAUAAAGAUACUCAAUGCUGGGGCAUGGGCUCGUGGCUCGGAAAGAGUAACUGUAAGUCUUCCUUUAGAAUUAGAAGACUAUAUACCAGAGGUUGAAGAAUUUUAUAAAAAAAAGCACUCAGGCCGAAAAUUACAGUGGUACCAUCAUAUGAGCAAUGGUACAAUCACAUUUGCCAAUUCCGUUGGAAGGUUUGAUCUGGAUGUCACAACUUUUCAAAUGGCUGUUUUGUUCGCUUGGAACCAAAGACCGUUAGAAAGAGUAACUUAUGAGAAUUUAAGACUUGCAACUGAACUACCAGACCCUGAAUUGAGAAGGACAUUAUGGUCUCUAGUUGCUUUUCCUAAACUAAAACGGCAACUUUUGUGCUAUGAGCCUGUAGUUCAAAAUCCUAAGGAUUUUGCAGAAAACACAGCUUUCUGGGUUAAUCAAGAAUUUGCACUUAUAAAGAAUGCUAAACCACAAAGAAGAGGAAAAAUAAAUUUGAUUGGCAGGCUUCAACUAAGUACUGAGCGUUCUCAGUUAGAAGACAAUCAUUCAAUUGUUCAGCUUCGUAUUUUAAGAACUCAAGAAGCAAUCAUUAAAAUAUUAAAGAUGAGGAAACGGAUUACCAAUACUGCUUUACAGAGUGAACUCGUUGAAAUUUUAAAGAAUAUGUUCUUGCCUUCUAAAAAGAUGAUCAAAGAGCAGUUAGAAUGGCUCAUUGAACACAAGUACAUGCGGCGGGACGACGAAGAUAUUAACACUUUUAUAUAUAUGGCCUAA